UCUGCCAUGGCUGACAAUCCACCGACUGCUCCCGGUUCAUCAAACCGCGGUCGCGGAAGUGGUCGCCGUCGCGGCCGCGGAGGGGCUUCCCCCGGCCGCUCGGAGGCCCAACACAACUCUGGAGAUGUAGCUGGAAAGGCAUCCAAAUCUCGUGGUCGGGGCGGCAAAACCUCCGGGGAUCGCAGCAAGCAAAAAAGUGACGAGGGGCAGCAGAAUAAUGAGGCGCAACCAGCGGCCACCGCGACUGUGGGAGUGAAACAGGUUGCCGCAGCCACGGAUGAUGCUGAUGAUGGAGAAGUUUGUUUCAUUUGUGCCUCAGCUGUUGAACAUACUUCGGUUUCGCCUUGCAAUCAUCGCACUUGUCAUAUCUGUGCGCUUCGCCUCCGUGCGCUGUAUAAAAAUAGGGGUUGUGCUCACUGUCGGGCCGAAUCUGCCUUCGUGAUUUUUACCGACGAUCCCGUCCGACGUUUUGAGGAGUUUGACAAGAACGAUUUUGCUCGAACCGACGACAACCUCGGAAUUCAAUACGAGAAAGAUGAUAUUUUCGAAGACACCGUGCUUUUAUUACGGUACAACUGCCCUGAUGAGGAUUGCGAUGUGGCCUGUUUGGGCUGGCCCGAUUUGCAUCGCCAUGUUAAGAGUAAGCAUGGUAAGGUUAUGUGUGACCUGUGCACCCGGAAUAAAAAGGUCUUUACACACGAACACACUCUUUUUACACCGGCAGAAUUGCGGAAACAUGAGAAGCAGGGAGAUGACAAGCCGGGUGCAAUCGACCAGAGUGGCUUCAAGGGACACCCGGAAUGUGGCUUCUGUCGCCAGCGAUUCUAUGGCGAUGAUGAGCUUUAUGCCCAUUGCAGAGAUAAGCACGAACGAUGCCAUAUCUGUGACCGUCGCUCUUCACACCGGCAGCAACAGUACUACGUUGAUUAUAAUGCUCUCGAGGGCCAUUUCGAAAAAGAUCAUUUCUUAUGUCUUGACCCAGAGUGCAUGGAGAAGAAGUUCAUGGUUUUCGAGUCUCAGAUGGAUCUGAAGGGACAUCAGCUCGAGGCCCACCCGAAUGGAGUUUCAAAAGAUAUUCGCCGCGAUGCGCGCUUGGUUGACCUCAGCGAAUUUGACCUCCGCAGUCCUUACCAGGCACAGCAGCGGCAGCGCCGUGGAGCUGGUCGUGGCCGUGACCCCAAUGCCGAGCCUCUACCCAUGACGAGUGCUCAGCCAUUGCGCCGAGAUCAGCUGGCCUACCAGCGUCAGAUGGAGAUACAAAGCGCACAAUCGAUCUCAACACGUAGCUUCGGCGGGCAGCUAACUCGAAAUGAGACGCAAACCGUGCGAGCCCCACCUCGCUCAACGGGCUCUACCCCGGCCCCGAAUGCCUCGCGCGCUGCCCCGCCAGCGGCCGAACUCGAGAACCUAACUCUGGCUGCUACUGCUGAGCCACUAAGCUCUCAAGACCAGGCACGUCGGCUGCGCCACACUGCUGUGAUAGAGCGGGCGUCGAAUCUGCUGCACAAUGAUGCUACUAAGCUCGCUGAAUUCCGCGGCAGAGUUUCCAGCUAUCGUACAUCCUCUAUAACGGCUAUAGAGUUGAUUGAUGCUUUCUUCUCGCUGUUUGACACCUCGAGCUCCGAACUGGGCAAGCUUAUAAAAGAGUUGGCCGAAAUUUACGAAGAACAAUCAAAACGCAGCAGCCUCCUACAGGCAUGGAAUGACUGGCGUGCCAUAAACGAGGACUAUCCCGCUUUGCCAGGACCAGGGGGGACUGUUGCCAGGCAUGUCCCCCAGUACCGUGAACACUGGUGGCUCGCGUUUGGCAGAAGUGGUACCAUGUCAUCAUCCUCCUCAUCCGCGAAUGCUUUCCCUCCCCUCUCUGCGGCUGCCGGACCUUCGUCUUCUCGCCGCAACGGUGCUGCCGCGUCUACUCCGUGGGCAUCAGCCGCCCCUCCAAGGAAUCUUGCUCGCCCCAGCGCCCCCAGCGCCCCCAGUGCCCCCAGCCGCUCAUCCUCGUCGACCCCCUCCAGCUCCGUACGCAAGCCUGCUCCCAGUGGAGCAGAUGCUUUCCCUUCUCUCCCUGCUGCCGCAAAGCCCAACGUGAUGAUGGCUGGUAAGACCCGCGGCUACCGUCGUUGGGAUGAGCACCGUGGCCCAGCUCCUACUGCAUGGGGCUCCAAUCCUUCGUCUGGUGCUGCUACCCCCGCUGAGCAAUCAGAAUUUGACUUUGAAGACGAUCAGGGUGACGGGAAAAAGGGCAAGAAGAAGAAGGGCAAGCAGACCCUUAUACAUUUUGGCUAA